AUGUCUUUCUUCGGAUUUGAACAACCGGACUUGGAGAGCGAGAGGCGCAAAUUUCUACAGGGUGGUCUGAGCGCACAAAAUGAAGAUCUAGCCGUGUAUACAUGGGGCGAAGAUAGUUACGAUGGUCUCGGUGAUGCUCUGCAAGAGCGUGGCGACGAGCUGAACGAUGAGACAUUUGGAAGCACUGGGGCGGUAGGCAAGGACUUUGAUUUUUCGAAUACCACCCUGCCUCAGGAUGGCCGACACGCUCCUCAUGAAUCCAACAGAGAUCUACAAAGAGCUCAAGUCCUUGAACAGGAGAUCUCCCAGGUUCCCAGCUCCAAUACACCUUCCCGUUCAUCGCAUACAUUGGAGUCUGUAUGGGACAACAAGUCUCCCUUCUCCGUUCUUCCUCGGUUGAAUGGUGCAAGUCGCGCUUCCGAGAAGUCGUCAGCGCAGCCAUCCUCGAAGUUCUCACCGUUCGCCACAACGGCGCCGCAAGCGUCGACAUCGCAGCCGAAUGUGAGUAUGUCUAGCGCGUCUAAUCUCCACAAGGGCAUCCAUACACUUGAGGAGAUAGAGGCAGAGAUGCUUGCAGCUUCUCAGCACGCACAAUUAUCCCCCACUUUGUCUCAGAGCCCUCUUCGAGGACAGGUAGUCCGGCAGACUACCCCUCUACAUGGAGGAACGCCGCCCCCUCGUAUGCACCCACAUUCUCAGUCUCCGCGGUUCCAUCAUCAGCAGCAGCAACACCAGAUUCACAUCCUGCAACUGCAGCAACAGCAACAACAGGAGCAACAGCGCCAACUAUUGGAGUUGCAGGAGCAGCGGGAUCGUCAGCACCACCGGCAGCUUCUUGAAUUGCAGGAGCAGCUCAGAUUGGAGGAACUUGAGAGGCAGCGUCAAAUUCGGCUGCAGCAGAUCCAGUCCGGCACGAAUCACAACCUCCAGAUUGUCAAUACCAUGCACCAGCGACAUCCUUCUUUGAGCCCUUCCAUGGUCGAUCGCCAGCUUCGUCGAUUAGGUCGACAGUCGCCCGCGCUUUCCCAAAUUCAGAUGGAAGUUCCGUUUCAGCAUAGCAUGCAGUAUCUCCCGCAAGAUAUCCAGACGCAGCAGCGUCUCUUGGCCGAAAUGGCGCAAGCGGAGUUUAUUAACAGUAUGCAGCCCUCGGGGCCACAGUCUGAGAGAGAGGCGAGGGAGGAGCGCGAAAUGCAAGAAAUGCUGAGAGAGGAGGCGAUGCGCAAGAUCAUGGAAGCAGAAAGGAUGGAGGAGAGGAGGCGAAGAAAGUUGACGAAGAUUGCCCAUAUGGCCCGUUACAACGAUCUCAUGACGCAGUCCGACAAGGAUUUCAUUACUCGUAUUCAAGUCUCGCAGCUUGUCACUCAGGAUCCGUAUGCGGACGAUUUUUAUGCUCAAGUCUACGGCGCUAUCAUACGUUCUCGUAUGGGUGUCCAGUCGCAGGAUGAACGCGUCUUGAAAUUCGGUUCAGGCGGUGGCGUCGGACUGGGAAUGGCCCAGCGGGGGGCCGGUAGACGUCAGAGCGCGAUGCAGCGUAUGGAGGCGCAAGUUGAGAGGAUUGUGAAUAAUGCGAGAUUGAGAGAAAAGGAGAAAAUUUCACUGAACAGCCUCCAGGGUGCCUUGGGGAAAACAUCUGGUCGAAGUUACAAAGCAGCGCCUCGUCAACUCCUUCAAGUUGACUCCGGCAGUUCAACCUCGCCUACUCUUUCUCCUGCUCAUGCGCAUAUUUCCAAAGCAGACACUACAAGACAUGCUGAUAGAGCGGGAGCGGCAAAAGAGGCCGCAAAGUUCGGCCGUGAAGCUCUUGGCAGUGCCGCGGAGAUGAAUGGCCUCGAGCAUAAGGAUCCAUUAACUCACCGCCAGACUCUCAUAAUUUUGGAACAUCUUUAUGAUCUGGUUCUCGAGGUCGAACAGCAACGGCGAGAUCAACCUCCCGAAGAUGAGGGAUUUGAGGCCUGGAAUGCUGGUUUUACUGUGUUAGUGCAACAACUCUGGGACGGACUACAGGUCAUGGUACCUUUGGAAACAAGUAAUCCUCAUCCAUUUAUCUCUCUACUUACCCCCAUCAAAGGGAAAAGGAUGCUUCCACGAGUUGCCCGUCAUCUGAGCACACAGCAAAUGUUGACUGUGCUCACCCUUCUAGUUGCAUGCUUCUCCCAGUUGGACGUCGUAAUUAAAGCUCCGAUCCUUGAUUCUCUCGAGGAAUCCCAGGAGCGCGCGGACGUUGAUAACCAGACGGAGGCAUUUCUGUCGAGCGUCAUUCAAAGUAUCUUGCCUGUAGUAGCGAAGGCAGGUUUGAGACUCGUUAGCGGACUCCUGGGUCUUCUGCUUGAACUCAGUAACAUUGUUGCGAUCACUCGCACACAGCCUGGCAUCGCUUUGUUAACCCUUUUCUUGAGUCGAGUAGAGGUCAUCAAGCAAAAUAUGGCUACUGCUACGGAGAUCUCCGAAUUGCCAUCACCAGAAGAGACAGAGCAGUGGCAACUGAUGUUCGACCAUUUGUUCCAACUUUUGGCGCCACAUUUGAUUUUCCUGUUCCCAUCUGUUCGCCAGAAUGCGAUCUCCGGCGUUGGCUACAACAAUAUCCCUGACGCAGAUGUCAUCGACCAGCGGGUCUGGCAAUUCUUGGCUGCGCUCGCUUUGCAUGCAUCAUUGGAGCAACAACAAGUGCUCGUCACAACGUUACGCGAGAUUGUAUUGGAAAACGUGACCAGAGGAUGGGUUUCAGAUGCGGAUGAGAAGAGGAAGAAACUGGCGAAUGUUAAUAUCUUUUUAAACGCACUCGGCCUGGAUAGCUCUCAGAUUGCAGUGUAA